AGAGAGAGAGAGAGAGAGAGAGAGAGAGAGAGAGAGAGAGAGAGAGAGAGAUCUCAAUGGAAGAGGUUGGAGGAGGAACAGUUUGUGUAACUGGUGGAACAGGAUAUGUGGCUUCAUGGCUGAUUAUGAGGCUUCUUCAGCAUGGCUACUCUGUCCGGGCCACCGUUCGAUCCAACCCUUCAGCUGAAAGCAAGAGAGAUAUCAGCUACUUGACAAACUUACCAGGAGCCCCAGACAGACUCCAAAUUUUCCAUGCAGAUCUCAAUCAACCCGAGACUUUCAACGAGGCCAUUCAAGGCUGCACUGGAGUCUUCCACGUUGCUCACCCCAUUGACGUGGAAGGCAAAGAACCUGAGGAAACAGUGACCAACAGAGCUCUGGAAGGAACCCUAGGCAUUUUAAAGGCAUGCAUAAACUCCAAGACAGUGAAACGCGUCAUUUACACUUCAAGUUUAGCCACAAUAUUGUUCAACAGCAAAGGCCUUAGUGAAACUGAUGAAAGUACAUGGAGUGAGCUUGAUCUUUGCAAAAGCAGCAGCCUUGUGAGCUCUUCAUACUUGGUUUCUAAAACAGUUGUGGAGAGGGCAGCUUUGGAGUUUGCAGAAAAGCAUGGCUUGGAUCUUGUCACUGUUGUUCUUCCCAUUGUAUUUGGACCCUUCAUUUGUCCAAAUAUUCCUGCUUCUGUGUACAUGGGACUGGCUCCCAUAUUUGGUGACGAGGACAAAUGUAAAUAUCUUACUAACACAUAUAUGGUACACAUAGAUGAUGUGGCAAGUGCACAUAUCCAUCUUCUGGAACAUUCUAAUGCAAAAGGGAGGUACAUUUGUUCCUCAGUUCAAACAACAAUUCAUGAAUUAUAUGAUUUUCUUCCUGCAAGAUACCCCGACUUUCAAAUACGAAUGUCAGACAACUUAAAUGAGAUUAAAAGUUACAAAAGAUCAAAGGUCUCUUCAAGGAAACUGUUGAGCACUGGGUUCAAAUUCGAAUACGGCCUCGGUGAAAUGUUUGAUGGCGCUGUGCAAUGCUGUAAAGAGAAGGGUUUCUUGUAAAUCAGGCUUGGUUCAAGCAAAUAAUCAUUGUAAUCCUUACCAUGCCAAGUGUGAAUAACCAAUUUUACUUUUCCCCCA